AUGAAGCAAAAGGCAAGUGGUAAUUAUGAGGUUCCAUUAUUAUGGAAGUUUGAUUGUGUCGAACUGCCAAACAGUUUUGAUAUGGCUAUAAAGCGGUUAACUUGCCUCGAAGGGAAGUUAAAACGAAACUUUGAUCUCUUAAACAUUUUUCGAGAUACAAUUUCUAAAUACCUAUCUAAAGGCUACAUACGUAGACUUGAUGAAAAAGACAUCAGGCGCAACGACGGAAAAGUUUGGUAUUUACCAAUUUUUGCCGUCUUUAAUAAGAAUAAGCCUGGUAAAUCGCGUGUGGUGUGGGACGCGGCUGCCAGGGUUGGUGAAUUUUCGUUGAACUCGUUUCUGCUUAAGGGGCCUGAUAUGUUGACAUCAUUGCCAUCAAUUCUUUUUAAAUUUCGGCAAAAGAAAGUGGCAGUAUGUGGAGACAUCGAAGAGAUGUUUCAUCAAAUUCACAUCAGAGCAGAAGAUCGUGAUGUGCAACGGUUUCUUUGGAGGGAUUGUAACCAGGAGAGAGCGCCAGAUGUGUACAUAAUGGACGUCAUGAUAUUUGGUGCCACAUGCGCUCCCAGCAUAUCGCAGUAUGUGAAGAAUUACAAUGCUGACAAAUUUCUGGAAGAGUUUCCCCUUGCUGCAAAGGCAAUCAAACAAAAUCAUUAUGUGGAUGAUUUGCUAUGUUCUAUUGAUACGGCUGAGGAGGCAAUAAAAUUGGUUAAAGAUGUGUGCUUUGUACAUCGCCAAGCUGGUUUCAAUAUAAGAAACUGGGUGUCCAAUAGCAGGGAGGUUAGGAAUGCAUUUGCAUCUACUCUUUCGGAGAAAGUUAAAUGCAUAAAUUUUAAAGCCGAAAACAGUGUUGAGAAAGUACUGGGCGUUUUUUGGGAGCAUGAUGAGGAUGUUAUAACAUUUAAAAUAGCAUCAUGGCUUCUGGAGGGUGAAUUAUUGUCAACCAAAAAAGCUCCAACUAAGCGAGAAAUGCUUAGACUAGUAAUGUCCAUUUACGACCCCCUGGGACUAAUUGGACACAUAGUUAUGUUCGUGAAGGUUCUCAUGCAAGAAGUUUGGAGGUCCAAAUCGGGGUGGGAUGAACCAAUCCAUCACGAAUUGGCGGCAAAAUGGAGUCACUGGUUACGAAUUUUGCCAGACAUCGAAAACCUCAAAAUAGAAAGAUGCUAUCUAAAAACUUUUCAUAAUUAUGAAGGCGUUAAUGUCCAGCUGCAUACCUUUGUGGAUGCCAGCAAGGACGGUUAUGCUGCUGUAUGUUAUUUAAGACUGAAGAAAAAUGCCGAUGUGGUUUGUUCGUUAGUGACUGCCAAAACCAGAGUUGCCCCAAUUAAAAUAACGUCAGUGCCUAGGCUUGAACUUAUGGCAGCUUUAAUAGGAGCGCGUCUAGCGAAGUUUGUGCUGGAUAAUCACGAAAUUGGAAUUUCUAAAAAAUAUUUUUGGAGCGAUUCGAAGACAGUUUUGAGUUGGAUCAACUCUGACCAUCGCAAAUAUAACCAGUUUGUUGCAUUUCGGGUUACGGAAAUCCUGGAACUCUCAUCAAUCAGCGAUUGGAAUUGGGUUCCAAGUAGAGAGAAUGUGGCCGAUGAUGCCACAAAAUGGUCGAAAAUUCCAAAUUUUUCCGAUUCUAGUAGGUGGUUCCAUGGACCAGCUUUUUUGUUCCAACCUGAAGAAAUGUGGCCCCAAAAGACGGGUUUUAGUGGUAAUACAGAGGAGGAACGAAUACAUACCUCGUACCCAAUAAAUAAAUACGAGCCCAUUUUAAAUGAGCUGCGAUUUUCGAAAUGGAAUCGGCUGGUGAGAGCUAUUGCUUAUGUGGUCAAAUUUAUUACUAUUUGUCGAAAAAAUGAGCCCAGAUGCCAAGGAUUAACACUGGAUUAUUUAAAGAGAGCGGAGCAUAUAAUAUAUAAACAGGUGCAAUCUGUGACUUACUCAGCUGAAAUUGCUGCCCUGAAUACAAAGUCUCCUGUGCCAAAAUCCAGCGAAAUUUUUUCAAAAACACCCUAUUUGGAGGAAGGGCUUUUACGAGUUGAUGGCAGAAUAGAUUUGGCAAAUGUUACAUUUGACCAAAAGCGUCCAAUAAUAUUGCCCAGAAAACAUUAUGUUACCAAAUUAAUAAUUCUUCAUUAUCACGAAAAAUUUCAUCAUAUGCAUCAUGAAACAGUUGUGAAUGAGCUGAGGCAAAAGUAUGCCAUCUCGAAACUUCGCACCACUGUAAAGACUAUUUUUCGUUCCUGUCAAUUCUGUAAAAUCACCAAGGUGGUGCCUAACCCCCCUCAGAUGGCAAAGUUACCUCGAGCUCGUGUAGCUGCUUAUGCAUCUCCAUUCUCUUAUACUGGAGUAGACUUCUUUGGGCCCAUAUUGGUCAGUGUGAAUCGCCACAAAGAGAAACGAUAUGGCUGUUUGUUUACGUGCCUCACUAUAAGGGCCGUUCAUAUUGAGAUUGCACAUUCUCUUACGACAAGCUCUUGUAUUUUGGCUAUUCGCAAUUUUAUGGCGCGUAGAGGUACACCGCAUGAGUUCUAUAGCGACAAUGGAACUAAUUUUAUUGGAGCAGAGAGGGAACUAAGAGAGGCGCUAGCAGAGGUUAACAAAAACGAAUUACUCGAAACUUUUACAACUGCCAACACCAAAUGGAAUUUUAAUCCUCCUGCUUCACCCCACAUGGGAGGCGCCUGGGAGCGUUUAGUUCGCUCAAUCAAAAUGGUUUUGUAUAAGAUCAUGCCCUCAAGGCACCCUACUGAUGAGCUACUUUUGAGCAUGUUAAUCGAGGUGGAAAAUGUGAUAAAUUCGAGGCCGCUCGCAUAUGUUCCAAUUGAAGAACAUAUGGCAGAAGCUUUAACCCCGAAUCAUUUUCUUGUGGGAAGCUCCAAUGGGCUAAAACCCUUAACUACAGUUUACGACAGUGGAACCUUAUUGAGACAGAGCUGGCUUAUUUCUCAACAAUAUGGCAACAUAUUUUGGAAGAAGUGGCUGGCCGAAUAUUUACCAUCGCUUACUUGUAGGACAAAAUGGCACGAGAAAUCAAAGGCAUUAUGUCAGGGGGAUUUAGUUAUCAUUGUAGACCCUUCUUUACCUAGAAAUGUCUGGCUGCGAGGCAAAGUACUUGAAACGAGGUUGGCACCAGAUGGUCAGGUCCGCAGCGCAAAAAUAUUGACAUGUCGAGGCGUAAUGGAGAGACCUGCAACGAAGCUGGCAAUUUUGGAUGUUGCUGCUCAAACUAAGUCUGACGUAGAAGAAGCUUCUUGUCAUACUCCGGGGGGAAUGUUGACGCCAAUCUCAAAAAUGCCUUAA